CCUCCCAACAACGUUCAGACCCAGCUGCAAAGGUCCGCAGCACAAAUGGAAGGAUAUCCGACAGAAGCUGGGUGUUAACUUAAUGUCGUUUUAUUUAACCUUUUGAUAUUAAAAAAACAGAUAAAAGACUGGCUCGAAAAUUAAGCGCAGGGAAGUCUCCAGGUAUCUGGACAGGAGACUGGCACCAUGGAAGCUGGGGUGCCCCCUCAGGGAGACGAGGGUAGCUUUAACACCCAGGCUAGUGUCACCCAGACUGGACCAACUAAGGCCCAGGAGCAGUCUGAAUGCCCCAUCAUCACUCAGCCUUUGCCCAACAGAACACUCCCAGAGCACACAAAGUUCUCCUCAGAGACUGAUAGAACGGAGGAUGGAGACAGUGACGAUUCUAUGACAGACAACCUCUCAACCAAUGACGUUGCUCGACUCCUGCCUAACCACAAGUCCACAAAUCACAAAACGCAGAAAGAGGACCCCCAGAGCAAGGAGGAUUCUUCACCCAGACCAGCGGCCCAGAUCACGGGGGACCCUCCCAUCUGCACUCCCCCGCCUCCCUCCUUGUCCCCCCUGCCUCCCCAGUGUAACGGUCACGGACGGCAAGAAGGCCAGGGUUGCCCGGGCAAUAAGAAGCGUCUGCCCUCCGCCACUAAGAGCCAGCAGUCCUUCAAAGCCGACGCAGCCCAGAUCCAACAGGUGGCAGGGGACGACUGCUGUGUUCACUGUGUGCUGGCCUGUCUGUUCUGCGAGGUCCUGUCUCUGUGUUCGGUUCUGUCCCAGUGCCUGGCUUGUGGCAUGGGCUGUGAGGCGCUCUGCUGCUGCGGCGGGGGGGCGUCGGGGGGCAUGGCCUGCUGUGACGAGGACGCUUGCUCUGCCCUGUGGGAUUGUGGGAUAUUGGAGGACUGUUGUGAGUCGUCUGACUGUCUGGAGAUCUGUCUGGAGUGCUGCUCCAUCUGCUUUCCUGCGUAGGACCAGCAGUGACCAACAGACUGGACUGGACGGAAUGUGUCGCUACCUACAGGACCAAAGGGAACCCUGGAACCCUGUCACUAAUAGUCUUUCUCAGUUUAGUUGUCAUGAUUAGCCCAAUAAAACGUCACCUACCAUGCUGCUUUGAAUUGGACUGCAGACUGAAAAGGCCCUGACCUAACCCUAACCCUAUAAGGAUAUUUCACUAAAGAAAAGAAACAGUUUAGGCCCAGGCUGGUUUGCCCUGAACUGACUCCCUUAUUGAUCCUAGGAACUGAUGUAGAACUGGGGGAUGAUAAACUCUAAUUACCAGCAGCGUUUGGACUUUUGAAGAUAAGCUUUAAGGACCCCCCUGAGGCUUGUCCAGAUCUGAGGGUGGCUUUGUUCCACAAACACCUCUCUACCAGUUGAAGUGUGUCACCGGCAUGUGAUGUGUUCUCAUGUUUGCUCCGCCUUGUCUUGUUGUGUUGUUUGUUUAGACAGAGGUUUGGCCAAAGCAAAGGUUGAGUAAGCUGCACUGAAAUGUUCAGCCUUCAAAGGCAUUCACGCAAACAAUGAAUUCCUAAAUUCAGCUUCAGAAGAGAUAGUCACUUCUUAGACAGAUGGAUGAUUUAAACAGCCCAGAUGUUUAUACACAUAUUCUACGAAAUUUGUGAAGUGAGUUAUAUUCCUUCUUAAGUAAGAAAACUAAAGGAUUGGGAUAUUUCUUCUAGUGAAUCCUGCAGUUGUCUCUGUCUUUAUUUAUCAAUGUGAUAUGAAUAAACUACUUCCAGUUUA